UUUCGGAGUCACAUGAACGGGUCACAGCUUUCAGUCUUUCCUCCCUUUAAUAUCUUAUUUUAUCUACAGUUUUGAAAACCCGACAUGGACGAAGACGGUCUGCCAAUCGUUGGUUCUGGAGUUGAUCUCACGAAGGUUCCUGCUAUACAACAAAGGAGAGUCGUCGCCCACCUCAAUCAGUUUGUUGUGCACACAGUUCGCUUCCUUAACCGAUUCUCUACUGUGUGCGAGGAGAAACUUUCAAAUAUUUCCCUUCGCAUACAACAAAUUGAAACCACUUUGUGUAUUUUGGAGGCCAAAUUAUCAUCCAUCCCUGGACUGGAGGAAGUCACAGUGGAUGGACUCAACCAGCAGCAAAGUGUCCAGUCUAAUGGACCGGUUAGCGCCAGUCAGAACCAAUCAGACGGCGUAACAGCAGGGGGAGCUCCUCCCUCACAGCCCGGUCAGAGUCACCCAGAAGCUGCACCUGCACCAGAAAAAGCAGAAGUGGUUCCAGAGAAUGUCAUGACUGUGGCUAAGGACCAACGUUAUGCACGUUACCUGAAAAUGGUUCAAGUGGGAGUACCGCCAAUGGCUAUUCGUAAUAAAAUGCUUAUGGAAGGUUUGGAUCCAAACUUGCUUGACACACCUGACGCUCCGGUGCCUGAUGGAGCAGAGAAUGAGGAUAUUCCUGCCACCAGCUCUGACAGCGAAUCAUCGUUCAGCGACUGAUUUCUGCCUCUGCACAGCUCCAUGUUCAAGGCCGUCCGUUGCAACAUGCGCAUCCUGCAGGCUGUUUGCUGCUGCAGGUUGUGAAAACGUUCACAUGAAGGUGCUUAAAUAAUUGCAAUUCUUCUGGAAAUGGUCAACAAUCCCUUUGCUGCUUGUCAGAAAGCUAACUUUAUGUUUGUUUUUCAGUUGUUUGGAAUUAUUUUGGAUUGAAUCUGUAAAACUUACAACGUUCAAACACAGUACCGUUUGUACGAUAUAGUAGGUGGAGUCCUGCUUUCACAUAAAAAGCUACUAUUUCUGUUCAAGUUAGCAUUAAGAACGACGCAGUGGGAGAUGAACUUUGACCUUAGGAGCUAUUAAACAUUUAAAUCAAGUCUCUAAAUCAGCACCACCUUUAGCGCUGUGCAGCGCAUUAAGGUUUGGCACCGAAAUACGAAAUCCUCAUUAUUAUUAAUGCUGGUUUGAACUGAGAUAUUUGCUGCACCAGGAAACCAAUUGUAAGAUUUACCAGUUAAACAUUUCUCUCUGGGGUAUUUAGGAUUAAUUUGGCUCAAAUAUCUUGGAAAAAAAUACACUUACUUAAAUUUUUUAAUGAGGAAAUUAAAAAGAUUUAAAGCAUUUUCUUAAUUUCAUGACAUUAUGAAACUGGAGGUGUUUAUAUUGGGGGAAAUAAAUCUUAUCCUGUUGCACAAACUUGACUGUAUGAUAUUUAGUACUUGGGUGGACAUAAAACCAAACAAUAAUUAGUUUAGUUUUAUGUUAUUUCAUAAUUAUUAUUUCAAUGUAAAUUAAACAUAAAUUCUUCUUGAUGUUGCUGUGUGAGUCAAAAUAAUUCACCUUUUUUUUAGUUAUAGGUAAUGAAUGUAUUUUCUGGUUGUUGUUCUUCAGUAGCAUAAUCAUUUAAAAAAUGUUUUUCAUAUUAAGGCCACCAAACUUUUUGGGGUUAUAUAAAUAAAUUAAUUGUUUCUUGCACUGAAAUAUCUGCAGCUCUAACAGUAAACAUUGUAAACGAUUUUUAGUUAUUGCUAAAGAUCUAUUUUCUUUACAAGUUGAUUUUCUGUUUCGCUUUAUUAGUAUGAACUCUUGUGUUUCCCAUUUUGAAGCACAAGAGAACUGGGUCUUUUCGUCACAUCAAAUUUCAGACUAAUUUAAGACAAGUUAAAGAAUUAUUUAAAACAUGCAAUUGCGUUUUGAGUUCCUAUAAAUUAGAAUAUGCUGCUGCAAUUUAUUUUGAGUCUUUUCAGACAUUUUUACAAGGGGUCAGUAAGUUUGGAGUGCAAAGUAUUACUGCUUUAUUUAGUUAAAAAACAUUUUUUUUACCAAACCUUCUGUCUUGUCAGGAGGAAAAGCACUAACACUACAUGAGCAGUCACUAAUUAAAGAUAUAAAAUAUAAAGAAAUGCUGUUGGUCUCCAUUAAAGAUGAAUGUAUUGAUACAAAACGUGCAGUUUAUUUUUCAGAUGUUUAAAAUAAUCUUUACAGUACAUUUAGUCAAAAGUACGACAGUAGUUUGCUGGAUACAGUUAGAUUUUCUCUUGUAAAAACAUUUGUAGUGAAGGUGAGUUUUGUCCACAUUACCUGGAAAACUGUAUAGGAUGACUUAUACUCAUAGUUUGAACAAAAAUAAACAUCUAAGUACAAAAACUG